ACAUAAUUUAUUCUGCACAAGUAAAACAAAUGAUGCAGCAAUACCAAGAUGGCGACGGUCUUGGUCAAAAGGUACAGUAGUGAGGGAUUCGUGUCCAAAACGGGUCUGACAUCCAACUUGAGACGACUGCAGACAUGCUAACUCCUCCGGAAGAAAAGACGCAAGCCUAUCGUCCAUACUUGUCGAAUCGUUGUGAUCCGUGCGUCUUGUAUUUUCCAAAGUAGCUCAAUGUUUUGAUAUCGUUUUCAACCUCAGCUCGGUGACCGCAGUACUUAACUGUUAUAACGUUAUGGGUUUUGACGAGGAAAUAUGGUACUACUGGUACUAGACUUCCCAAAGACAAGCUGAGGAAACGAUCCCACAGACUUACACAAAACGUUAAGUCUGUGUCUUUUGGGGAAGUGCCUUCUUUGGUAACGUUAAGCUUCUGAAGACAUCAGUUUUACGUGCAGUAACGUAGUACCUGAUUGCGCAAGAUGGCGGAUCCAAAGUCGAAAUCAUCGGAUACUCACCCGAACUCCACGGAAACAGCUCACGGUAACCACGAAAUCUGCCCAGGAGCCGAGGGGAACCACACAUUGGCAGCCGAGGACGCCAAAGACGUGUUAGAGACUUCGUCUGGUAUUGAUGUCAGCAUGGAAAACUCUGAGGACACAAGUAUAGGUGCAGAAACCCUUGGGGAAAAGUCUUCAGAGAGUGACAGUUUGAUAGACAGCCCCAUGGCAGAAAAGGGGGCAAAGGGGAAAAAGUCAAAGAAGGUAAAAGUCGAGGGGAAAGGAGAUGGAGUAGAGGAACGGAUGGAGAAGAUGGAGGUAGAGGGGGAGAUGGAGACUUCAGGUGAGAAUAAGGAAGAGCAUGCUGGUCCAAGCGGGGAUGGCAGGGAAGCAGGAGGUGAAAACAAGAGUGAAGACAAAGCGGAAGAAACAGACAGCGACUUAGACAUUGAACUGGGUUUACUAGAUGAUGCCAAGAAAGGCAGUGGAGAGGACAGUGACAGUGAUGUCGUCGUAACAAGACCAACACGUUCCAAGCGUCGUGACAGCCGUGAUGAGGAUGACAGUGACACAGAGGACAGUGAUGAGGAGAAGGUGGAAGAUGAUAAGAAGGAGUCUGAGGACGAAGGGGACACCACGUGGUACUCACUGGACGACCGCAAAAUGCCAAUGCCCAAGUGGAAAGUCCUACCGUCCUUGCAUCAACGAGAGAUGGGGUUUGGCCGUGCACUCUUCCCCUACUAUGCAUGUGGGUUGACAGACUUUGUGUCUAGAUUUGAACUUCAGCACAAGUUAGAUCAUCAUGAGGGCUGUGUGAACACACUGCAUUUCAAUCAGCCAGGCACUCUUCUAGCAAGUGGCAGCGAUGACCUGAAUGUGGUUCUAUGGGACUGGGCCCGCAACAAGCCUGUGUUGAUCUAUAACAGUGGUCAUCGGAGUAAUGUCUUCCAGGCCAAGUUCAUGCCGUACAGUGGGGAUUGUACUGUGGUGAGCUGUGCACGUGAUGGGCAAGUAAGAGUGGCUGAGCUGUCCAGCACUGGAGUCUGCAAAGGCACCAAAAAACUUGCACAGCACAGGGGAGCAGCACAUAAGCUUGCCCUGGAUCCAGACUCCAACUGCACGUUCCUGACCUGUGGGGAGGACGCAGUCGUGUUCCAGAUAGAUCUGCGGGAUGACAAGCCUGCAACAAAACUGCUGACGACGAAGGAGAAUGACCGUAAGCUUGCCCUGUACACCAUCUUCACCAACCCUGUCAACAGCCACGAGUUCUCUGUGGGAGGGCGGGACCACUGGGUCAGGGUGUUUGACAAGAGGAAAAUAAAUCCGGAAACAAAUGAAGGAGUGCUGAAAAAGUUCUGUCCACACCACUUGGUUGAUAGCGACAUCAAGGCUAACAUCACCUGCCUCGUGUACAACCAUGAUGGUUCAGAGCUGCUGGCAAGCUAUAAUGAUGAGGACAUCUACCUGUUUGACCCUACUCACAGCGAUGGAGCAGAUUUCAUUAAGAGAUUCAGGGGACACAGAAACAAUGCCACAGUGAAGGGAGUGAACUUCUAUGGCCCCCAGAGUGAGAUGGUUGUGAGCGGCAGCGACUGUGGACACAUCUUCCUGUGGGAGAAGGAAACGGCCAACAUCGUGCAGUUUCUGGAGGGCGAUGACGGUGGAGUGGUGAAUUGCCUGGAGCCCCACCCUUGCAGUGCAGUCCUGGCCACCAGUGGACUGGACCACGAUGUCAAGAUCUGGGCACCAACUGCCAAGGAGCGUACCAACCUGGAGGGGCUCAAGAUGGCGGUGAAAACCAACAAGAAGGAGCGUGACGAGGAGAACCGGCACAACCCGGAGAUGAUUGACGGGCACAUGCUGUGGUUCCUCAUGCACCAUCUCCGCAGGCGUGCACGCCGGAGGGCUCGAGAGGCUGGUGAAGAGGAGGCCUCAGACAGUGAAGACUCCUCCUCUCCCAGCUCUGACUCCGACUCUGACGGGCCCUCCGAGUCCAUCCAGUGUGCCCCAUCCUAAUGCACCAAUCAGGGAAUACCAGGGACUGUUAGCACAGAGUGGGCAACAGCUCAGAAAAGGAAACUUCUGGUCAAGUGAUACCAACAUUCUUGAAGCGACAUGUUCUCCUCAAGGAGGGGGCUGAUCUCCCUUUGCCACAGCUUGGUUGCUAGUUCACACUGAGUACCCUGUAUGGCAAGAAGUUAAGCAGUGUGUAUGUUAAAACUUUGACAUUUUUGUACCAGGCCAGAGUGUUGUCACUAACAGCCUGCAAUCAAUUUGAAGAUAUCGUUUAGUUUAAGUCUUAUCUAUGAGCACAAUUUGUAAGAUUGUCAUCUUGUGUUGUCAUUACACAAUUAUAGACAAACAGCAAUGUUGACUGAUUAUAAAAUGGUUGUGAUAUGUCAGAAUUUGCCAUCAGAUCCCACUUCUCUAUACAAAAUUAGAAACUUUAAGGUUCUGUUGAAAAGUGUUAGUGAUAUAACAACACAACCUAAGAAUAUAAGACAGUAGUACUCGUGUUUCUUGGGUUCCUAAGAGGAUAUAUGUCCAUGAUAAUGUUGUACAAUUGCAUGUAACAAUAACUUAGUGAAGUGCCUCUGUUCACCAUCUCUUAUUAAGGCUGUUAAGGCUUGUUUUGCUUGAUGUGUGUUGCUUUGAUGCUUCAAAAUGGCACAAUAUAAAAAUUCAGAUCUGCUGCAUAUGACCCAUCAUGGAGGACUUCAGGGCAUUCCUUUGCUGGAAUUGAGCUAUGGCAUUUAAUUUUCCAGAAAAGAAGAGUUAUACAAUUACAUGCAAGAAUGAUAUGUUACAGAAGAGAAGAAAUGAAUUGAGCUGUUGACCAAUGGAUAGAGUUCUUGAAUGCAUGAAUUUCAAUUUGAAUUCAAAUUUGUCCCACAUUCUUGUCAGCUCAGUCAUGUGGUAACAGCUAAUUACCACUUCAUUUCAUUUGUGUUGAAAGCUGGCUAUGUUGCUGUGGAGUUGAAGACAUGUCACAUUAUGAACAGCAAAACAUGAUUCUUUAGAUUCGACAGGAGAGUCAGGGCAAGUGAAUCAUGCACAGUGUAACAUAUUCUGAUGUUUGAUGAAAGAAGGUAACAGUUGAUAUGAUUUUGUAUAAAUAUGACAUGCUUAUCUGUAGUACAAGUUGGCUUAGCUAAGAAAAGGCAUCGAUUUGCCUAUAUUAUCAAUUUUGUGUGGUUGUGUUCACAUGAUACAUUAGUUGCACUGGUGCAUUAACGCUGUUGUUGUUCUUCAGCAAUGUUACUUCAUAAGUUAUAGCUCUCUCAAAGGAAACCAAUUGGUAAGAGGAGAGCUGUCAAUGAUUCCAAGGGCAUAGAUUCUGGGCAGUUACUUUGUCCAUUCUCUCUUAAUUCUGAUGAAUUGAAUUCCACAAAAAAAUGUUGUUAACAUGGAAUUACUUCCAAACUGUGUAGAUAGUCACAGCUUCUAUGUAUUGAAGGAAUGAAUAUGGCAAAGCAAAGGAAAAUAGUUUAGUAGUGAAUAGGAAGACCUCGCACAAAUUUCUUUAUUGGCACGCAUGCCUUCCUAUCCCUGAUAUAAUUCUCAUGGUGACUGACUAGUUCCAAAUGCAAGAUGAUCAGUGUGAGCUAUAUUCUACUUACAGCUAUGACAAAUGUUCCUAGGUCUGAGGCACAAGUUAGGUACAGUUACCUGUGUGAUUUCUGUAUGGAGUUGCCAGAACUGGAUAUUUGGCUUAUAAGAAGUAGUUGAGGUAGAUUUUAUAAACCUCACAGUCAAAGCACUGACAGCAGAUAAUGUCUGUAGUAUGAGCUGUAUAUAUGUAUCCUGCUUGCCUUUGCCAUAAGCACUACGAAUGAAAGGUAUCUCCUAUAUAAAAAAAAAUAUUGUACAAGAGCCACUAUAUGUUAAACGGAUUGUUGCGAUAAGAUAGAUUGAUUCUCAAGACCAGCAAAGAUAGAUACCGCAAGUUACAGUUUGUAAAUAGAAAAAAAUAGUUCUGGAUAAAAAAAGACUGGAUGAAUUCCCACAGUUAGUGAUUUGUGGUAAAGAAAGUGUAACUUUCCAUCUAUGCGUGUGAAUGAGCUCUUACCAGAAAUGAGAACAUCUGCAUUACCAGUUAUCCCUUCAGGCUUGCCUUUAACCUGUUGCCAUAGUUACCAUGUCCACCAUGCAAAAUUCGAUCAGCACCUUCUUACGGAUGAGAGCUCCCUUCUGGCUAACUGUUUGUUUGCAUUCAUAUCACAUUGAUGAUAGCUCCAGGUGCGACUUUCAUCAUGUUGGAAUUAAAUCACAAGCAGUGCACUGACUUGUAUGACAAGCCCUAUCAGUAUACUGCUGCACACGAGAACAAACAUGAAAAGACGUAGCAGAUUGUUCAAUCAUCGGCUCAAUGUAAUGUUGCAGCGAACAGACGUCUGAACAAUCUAAGCCAGCUCCUUCUUGUCAUGUUUGUUCAUUUCUUUAGUCUGUUUUGAAAAUCUGCUGCUAAAAAUUUAUCCUUUUAAAAUGGCAGUAAAUUCAUUUUGCAAUGGAAAGUGCUUUGCCAAACUCUUGUAGCCAAUUCUUGUGACGCCAAAAACUGGGUGUUUCACAGGAACGCUGGUUCAGCACCAUGGAGAGAUGCUGUUAUUCAGCUCUCAUGUCACAGAAUAGUCACUAUUCGCAGAGAUGAAGCAAUGAGCAAUUACUGAAACCACUGUCCCUUAAAGAAUACCCACGACUAGAAUAGGAUUAAUCUAGGCCACCGUGUGCGUCAUCGGACUAUUUCAAUUUAUUUUCUACCUUGGGUGCACACUGUUAGAAUGGAGAGGCUUAAAUAAUCAGACAGCUUUUGUAAGCACAGGUUUUGUGGCCGGCCGAGGGUUCAGCUGGACUCCUGUUGCCGCUGCCGGUUAUAAUUGGGUGAAGCUUUCCGCUGAUCCCGUACACAGCGGCAAUGAGAACGUCAGUUUGAUAAUGAUAUGUAAGGAAGUUAGAUGGCUAUACCAGUUGUUAAAAUAAAAAGUCAACUGAGUGAUA